UUAAGCCCAUUAAUGUUUGGGUCGACCCAAGUAAUUCCUCGGAAAUUAGGUUUCGAGUCCCGGUGCUUUAAAAACCGCCUUUCAAGUUUCCUCCCUCCCAAAGCUUCUACUCGCCGUUGUCUACCUGCUCGUGUGAUCCUUCUUCUUUACUGAUUGGUAAGGGUUUGAAGAAGUAGUUUACACAGAAGCCAAGAUGCAGAACGAAGAGGGGGUUAUUACCGAGCUUUACAUUCCCAGGAAAUGCUCGGCCACAAACAGGUUGAUUACUUCGAAGGACCACGCUUCCGUUCAGAUCAAUGUCGGGCAUUUGGAUGAGAAUGGCGUGUACAACGGCCAUUUCUCCACCUUUGCUCUCUGUGGAUUUGUUCGUGCUCAGGGAGAUGCUGACAGUGCGCUUGAUCGCCUUUGGCAGAAAAAGAAAGUUGAAGCUCGUCAACAGUAGAUUCAAGCAAGGUACGGGUGUAUGCCAAUGGGAUCGGUGGCCAAAAGGAAAACAAAAUAAAAGGAUGCCUAGUUUUAUGAAAUUUGCUUUGAGGAAAUAGUGGCAUCGCAAGGGAAAAAAAUGUUCUAAACAAUGUUUUGCCCGAGUUUAUCUUGAAUCCAUGACCUGCAUUUAUUCUGGGCUUUACCCUUUAAUAGUAAUGAAUGUUGUUGCAGUUGGUAGUGGGUACUGUCAAGUUUAUAUAGAUAUUUGGUUGCUUGAAUU